AUGGCGCUGUUGCUAUCGUUGGCGCCGCGGCGUGCCAACUUUGUUUGCACGUCGUGUUGCCUGCGGUUGUCGCGCGCAGCCCUUAGACGCAAGUCGAACCACGCGCCGCUCCAGAAGCCACUGAAGAAGAACGCGUUGCCAGACGGACCUGCAAGGACGCGAUUCGCACCCUCGCCCACCGGAUACUUGCAUCUGGGCUCCCUGCGGACCGCGCUUUUCAACUAUCUUCUGGCCAAACGCACCGGUGGCCAAUUCCUGCUGAGAAUAGAGGAUACAGACCAGAAAAGGACCGUUCCGGAUGCAGAGGCACGGCUGCUGGAUGACUUGAGAUGGGCAGGUUUGCAGUGGGACGAGGGUCCUGAGGUCGAAGGCCCGUAUGGGCCCUACCGGCAGUCCGAACGAACGAAGCUCUAUCAGGACCAUGCGACGAAGCUGCUCGAGACCGGCCACGCCUACCGCUGCUUCUGCACACCGGAAAGACUGAACGACCUCGCUCAGCACCGCGCCCAGUUGGGGCUACCAACCGACUACGACCGCAAAUGUGCGCACAUACCGAAGGAAGAGGCAGAAGACAGAGCUUCCAAUGGCGAAGCGCACGUCGUACGGCUUCUCGUUCCGGACAAAUACCCGUCGUUUUCCGACCUCGUCUACGGCACGGUGGGAAGGGGCGGAAAAGGCACGAAAGUAGCGACGAAGAAGGUUGACGACGCUUACGAUGAUCCCAUUGUGCUGAAGUCGGAUGGGCUGCCUACCUAUCACUUGGCCAACGUGGUCGACGACCACCACAUGAAAAUCACGCACGUCAUCAGAGGCACCGAGUGGCUACCGUCUACCCCGAGACACGUGGCAAUGUACAAUGCGUUUGGGUGGGAGCCACCAGCGUUUGCUCACGUCGGCCUCCUUGUGGACGAGGAAGGGAACAAGCUCAGCAAGAGGAACAUGGACAUUGACGUUGCGUCGUACCGAAGGAAUGGCUACCUGCCCGAAGUGGUCAACAAUUUUGUUGCUCUGCUGGGGUGGUCACAUAGAAAUCGGAGCGAUGUGAUGUCUAUGCAAGAACUGAUUGAUAACUUUACGGUCAAAUUCACAAAGGGAAACACGACUGUCACGGACGAUAAGCUGCAUUACCUACAGCAUCAACACUCGCUUCGGCGCCUGGUCCCCGGUGACCCUUUCUUCGACCAGACAGUAGAGCAGUUAGUGCCUCUGCUCGAAAGCGGGAAUCCCAUCUCAUGCAGUCAACGCCUUCUCGAGAGCACGCCCUUGAGGGACUACGUUGCGGCAGUGCUACGGAUAGACGCCAAAAACUUUACGAAACAUCAUGACUUCCUGGUCGAACAUGAAUACUUCUUCACGGACUUUACGCCUUCGAUUAGCUGCCCGGAGUCUCAAAGAGAUGUGGUCCAGCAAGUCUUCGAGCAAGCGUUCAUUCCAGAAGAUUGGACGGCAGCGGCCUUGCACGAGUGCAUUAAUGAUGCAGCGAAUAUGUUGGUGGAGGCUCGGACAGAGCCAAACUCGGACCCGGAUAUUUCGGUGGUAAAAGAGGCGAAGAAAGAUGUAUACAAACAUCUCAGGACGGCGUUGGCAGAUGGAGAGCACGGCCCAGGCAUUGCGGAUAUGAUGGAGGUGCUGGGGAGGGACGAGUGUUUGGCGAGAAUGAUGAACUACGUCUGUGCAUAG